UUUCAGGGUGGAUUCGCUCGUGUUCACGAGUUGACAGAUCUGACGACGAGCCAAGUGUAUGCCGGUAAAAUCAUCCCCAAGAGCAGGCUCACGAAACCGCAUCAGAAAGAGAAGAUCCUGCGGGAGAUAGAUCUCCACCGGCAACUACAACAUAAGAAUGUUGUCCGUUUCCAUCAUUUUUUCGAAGAUGAGCAUAAUGUCUACAUCAUCCUUGAGAACUGUUCUAGGAAGUCAUUGGUUCAUGUUUUGAAAAACAGAAAAUAUUUGACUGAACCGGAAGUUCGCUAUUUUAUGCUGCAGUUAGCGGAAGGUGUCCGGUACACACAUUCUCAAGGAGUCAUCCAUCGAGAUUUGAAACUUGGAAAUAUGUUUCUAUCUGAAGAAAUGGAAGUAAAGAUAGGAGAUUUUGGUCUCGCUACGCAUGUCACUAACACGGAGAAAUGUGGCAAGAAAUUUACUGUUUGUGGAACUCCAAACUACAUUGCUCCGGAAGUUCUCAACAUGCAAGGAUAUAGUUUUGCUGCAGAUGUUUGGGCAAUGGGAUGUAUAAUGUAUGCCAUGUUAGUGGGUCAGCCACCUUUCGAAACUGCUACACUCAAUGAAACUUAUUACCGUAUUACUGCUAACAAGUAUAGCAUUCCAAGUUCUAUGUCAGAAGCUGCACGCCAUCUUGUAAUUAGAAUGCUGCAAUGCAAACCUGCUGACAGGCCUUCUUUGGAAGAAAUCUUACAUCAUAAAUUCUUCUCCUCAGGAUAUUUACCGCCAUCUUUACCAACUAGCUGUUGUAUUACUGUUCCUAAAUUCCCUAUGGUACCUUAUGUUAAAAGGUCUUCCAGUGAACAAGAUGUUGAUAAAAUUGCAAAUAGAAUAGUUGAUCUUCAACUUAGUCCAAAACCAGAUGUACCAAAGAUACAAGUAAAAUCUGAAGAAUCAACGCCUAAAAAAGAUAAUUGUUUUCCAACAAACAUCAGGCAAAAGCUUACAAAUGUUCUAUGCCCAGAUAAAUUAUCCAAAAAACUAAAGGAAGCCUGCACUUCCAGUAGCAUGUACAGCAUGGUGAUGAAUGCUCUUGAAUCAAUGCCAGAAGACUGUGAUAGUAAUCCACCACCUCUAAAUUACAACCUAAGUCCUUUCAUAACUAAAUGGAUUGAUUAUUCCAACAAGUAUGGCUUUGGAUUCCAACUGUCUGAUCACAGCAUAGGAGUUCUGUUUAAUGAUUCCACAAGAAUGAGUCUUUCUGCCAAUCGAGGGAGAAUAGAAUUUCAUGACACCAAUGGAAAAACUAGCACGUACAGUCAUUCCAAUAUUCCCAGUCAUCUCCAAGAAAGAUUCACAUUACUGAAAUAUUUUGCCCAAUAUAUGGAUGAAAAUCUUACAGAAGGUGGAGAGCUUCAGUCUACAGAACUAGUCAGGAAAAAGAUUCCCCAAAUGAAGAGAUGGUUGCGAUCUCCAAAUGCCAUAAUUAUGCAGCUCAGUUCUGGAACUCUGCAGAUCAAUUUCUUCAAGGACCAUACGAAGAUUGUGAUAGGUGGAGACGGAACAGUAAUGUAUAUUGACGAAGAGCGACACUCCAUGACUUACGCCUUGCCGGCUCUCUGCCAGCAUGGAUGUAGCUCAAACAUUCGCUCUCGCCUCCAGUAUGCAGCUUCAGUGUUGCAAGAUUUUGCUCAACUGGAAGGCGAUUCCUCCUAAGUUUUAAUCAUUUAGAUGUUCAUCAUUUGGCCAUUUAAUUUUCUAACUCAUUUGCAUGGCAGAAUCAUAAAGCUGCAUGUAAGUUUGCAAUUUCUCAGUGUUCAACAAAAGAAAAAUUUGCUUAAUGUAUUUCACAUCUAGCUAAUUAGGAAAAAAACGUGUUUUGCUAAGAUUUUCCCUCUGAUUUCUUUUUGCAGAAUAUGUAAUUUAUAUUGGUUUGUAAGCUUAGAUUUCUUUGAUUAAAUGAACAAGUUUUUGUGCAUCUUGAAUGAAAAAAUGUUGAGAAUGUUGUCUUUGAUAUGCUGGUUACAUAUUGAACAAACUGUCAACUGUGUGUCUUCCAGAUAUUUGGAAAGCAGUAUUUAUUUUUAUAUAGAAAGUAUUAACAAUUCAAUUUCAAAUAUGAGAAUGUAUGGAGUUGUAAAAUUUAUAUUCUUUCACUUGUUUUAUAAAUCAUGUCUUAAAGACUGAAUGCAGCCUGGUGCUGAGCAUAUAUUUAAUUAAAUAGUGAAAUUAUUUAUGUAUAACUUCUAAAUGUUUUAAUUGUAUAAUAUCUUCAGAUUAGAAAUAUUUGUAAAACUAAAUUCAGGAAACUGAUGCCUUGGCAAUCAUGCGCUACACUCAGUCUAAUGAGGCAGCUAUUUUCAUCAUCAGUGUAGUAUUUGGAUUGGCAUGAGCCCCAAGUGGAAAUGCCAUGUUCUUCCAUUUUAGAACUCUUGACUUUGUGCCAAAUGUGAUACAGGAAUUCCAUUUCACUGAGCUGUCUGCAUUAGUUAAGUUUUGUUUUCUUUUAGAAAAGUGUGUAAUGAUCAUAAGAUGUUUGUAAAACUAACUUUUAGAUCAAAACAUUUAAUUUAACAAGGCUGUGUAAAAUAUUCUAUAAGACUGAUUCCUGUUUUUAUUUGUUUUGUCAGUUUUAAUUUUUUUCCUCAUUGCCAGUUUUUAUGUCUGAAAAAGCAUACAUUGGAAAUGAUUUUUUUUUUAUGUAACUUAAUUUUUGACAAUUUCCAUUUAAGCAUUUGUUACAAAAUGUUUGUGCUUGUAAUGUGUCAAUAAACAAUGUUGUAUAAUUUU